GUGGCAAAUUUCGCCAGAUCGCGGCGAGGAGACAGCGCGUCCGUGCGUCCGCCCGUCCGUGCGGGCGCGGGGAGCGGCAGCCCGGCCCGGGGACUGCUUCAGUUCCUUCGUCAUGUAGGGCACAUCCCAACCCGACAGGGUGGGGAAUUGCUAGUCCAGGGCUGAUUCCUCAGUUGGGAUUGAGACCUUGGGCUUGAAUUUUCACGGAGAUAGCUGAGAUUGACACUUGAACCUUGGAGAGAAGAGCCUUUCUGAUGGUCCUGCCCCACUCCACCUGACCCUAUGAAAGGAGGGUUCACCAUAGCUCUGUCCUUGGCGCUCCAGUUCCACAAGAUGGGCUCGUUCAGAAGGCCUCGACCUCGCUUCAUGAGCUCCCCUGUGCUCAGUGAUCUGCCUCGCUUCCAGGCAGCCCGGCAGGCCAUGCAGCUCAGCUCCAACUCUGCCUGGAACAGCGUACAAACAGCAGUGAUAAAUGUGUUCAAAGGGGGAGGCUUGCAGAACAAUGAACUUUACACCCUCAAUGAAAAUAUCAGACGGCUGCUGAAGAGUGAACUUGGAUCCUUCAUCACAGAUUACUUUCAGAACCAGCUCCUUGCGAAAGGCUUGCUGUUUAUGGAGGAGAAGGUCAAGCUGUGUGAAGGUGAGGAUCGCAUUGAUGUCCUGUCUGAAAUCUGGGAUCACUAUUUUACAGAGACUCUUCCUACACUCCAGGCAAUAUUCUACCCAGUCCAGGGUCAGGAGUUGACUAUCCGUCAGAUUGCUCUUCUUGGCUUCAGAGACUUGGUCUUGCUGAAAGUGAAGUUGGAAGAAAUCCUUCCCUUGGUCCAGACAAAGGUUCCAGCUUCCAUUGUCCAGAUGCUGUUAAUUCUGCAGAGUGUCCAUGAGCCUACUGGCCCCACUGAGGGUUACCUACGGCUGGAAGAACUGGUCAGGCAGGUGGUUUCACCAUUCUUAGGCUUGUGUGAGGAUCACAGCUCCUCUGGUAGCACCUGCUUGCUUGGACUUAACUCCUGGACUUCACACCUUCACCUGACACCUGCUGUGCGAGCACGCAGAGAGAGGAGCAGCUGCUGCUGAAGAGAGAAGGGAAAACCAGCAAGUUACUAAUACAGGUCUGUAGCAGGAGGCAGGACUCUGCAUGUUGGGUGAGACAAGGAAAGGUUUAUGUUGUUGCCUUUUUCUUUUUUUUUUUUCUCCAGCUGACUUUCAUGGAAAUCAGAUUCUGUCUGAGAGGACUAAGAAACUGAAACCUCACAUUUUUGGACAGUUUAUCAUAGGGCUUUUAGGAAGCUACCUCUCCUUUUUCUAAUCAGCUAAGAGAAUAGAGGAUCAGUUUUUUUCCAAAAUGUCAUUACCAAACUGCUAAAACAUCGCUCUGUUUAUGCCUUGUUCCCUUCACUGUAGAGUGGAUAAGUCUCUGGACAAAAGCCAUGGCCUGUGAAUCCAUUGGUGUUGGCCCCAGGCCAACAACACCUGUCAAGUCUGGACAAGUCAAGUCAAACCUGCUGGUACCUCAGUGAGAAACUCUCAGCUGGAAUCUUCAGGACCAUGGGUAGACCAGGGUUUUUCCCCUGCUUCAUUAGCAGGUGACUGGCUGCAAUAACCAUCCCCCUGGUGUGGCAGAGCAGCCAGCUCCUGGAGGCAACAAAAGAGCAGUGUGAAAUCACUGAACUCAGGAACACUCAGGCUGCACGGCCUCAGAGAUCACUCAGAGCACACACCAAAAGGAAAAGAAGGCUCAUUAGUGGAGGCUGGGACUGUCACUAAUAAAGAAAUUUUCCUAUUGCACAAUCUCCUCCUUACACAGUUUCAUCAAGUUUCCUAUUCCAUGGAAGAGGAAAACCCCCAGCCAAAAUGCAGCUCUCAGAGCUGUGAAAUGCAAGUGUUUCAGUGGAGCAAACAUGUUCAGAGAAGCAGGUCCCUCCAGCAUUUGAGCUGAAAGAUUAUUUUCACUGUGCUGUAGCUCAAUCUUUAUUUGCUCUGCAUUCAGCAUGCACUAGCAAGGUAAAUUAUUUUUUACAGGGUUUUGUUUUUGAAACAGAAAGAAUUGCAGUCUGUUAGAAGUGUUGAGAGGUGGUGGCAAUAGGUCCAUAAAACAAGGGUGAGGAGGGACUCAAGAUGUGAUCACUACUUCACAAUCUUUCUGCUUCUAUGCAGACAAGAGGAAAUGAAAUAAAGAGGGAACAGGAGAAACAAGGACAGUUGUGGCUGGGGCUUGGCUUUUUUAAGGCUGUUGCAAACUGGAAAGGACUGCAGAACUACCACGAACUCUUCACGCAUUCUGAGCCCUGACAAGCUUAAAAUAACUUAAGUAUGUAUCUGCCUGUGUGCUCAGAGAUUUAUAUUUAUCAAGGUGGUUAGGUUUUAUUGUAAGAACUUAAAAGCAGCAAAGGAAUAAGACCUGAAGGCCACAGCUCCUUACAUUUGGUACUUCAAGGUCUAAGACUGUCAGGUCCUGUGAGGGUGGUGAUGGCACAAGGGUUGACUCAGUCCAGUUGGUCAAACUCUCCCUUCCAGAUGGAAUGGACAAAGGCUCAGUGGUGGUAAAUGAUGAGGGUGAGACCAGUGCCAGGGAAAUGUUUCCUGUGGUAAGUUUUUGUGCUAGCAUCACAAUUUCCUAUUUCAGUGGUAUAAGAUUUUUGGUGGUUUUUUUUUUGUUUUUUUUUUUUUUUUUUUUUUAAUCCAAGAUGAAUAACAGGCAGAAUUCAUCAGCCCUCUUACUCAUUUAAUCCAGAGAGGCCUUAGAUUCCCUCUACAUCAUUUUUGGUCCAUUAACCUCCCCUUGUAUUGCCUUCUAUUUGCUGCACAUGCCAAUACCACGCUUGACCUUUUUCAGGGCUAAUUCAGGAAGUUUUUUUGACUAAUGUAACUGCUGUCUUGGAACAGGCUAAAUAAGUCACAGUUCCUAAAUGAGAGACAGCAAAGAAGAGCUGAAGUUUAGCACAAUGUAGUAGGGAAUGGCACAGGGAAUUUCUCUUUCUUGCCAGAACAACUGGAGUGUUGGGCUCUUGCUGGCAAAGAGGAGGAAGGUGGCAAAGCAACUGGCUUGGCACUAGUUAAGAAUUUCAGCUAAAACAAACAUUCUUCUUAUGAAGUCACUGCAAUGAACUGGCAUUUGUUCAGGAAAAUCCCCAGAGUAUCCUAGUCCGUAUCUAGUUCAGCCUUUUUUUUUCAGAAAUGUACAGGUACAUGUACAUUUGUACUUACACAGGUGAAAACAUGCUCCUAUAUUGCUGCUCUUCUGCUUCUAACACAUGGACUUUCUAUUCCUGGGGCAGCUGCAAAUGCCAGCUUUUCCUGCUUAGAAAAAAAAGGUCAUUAUUACUGUAUCUCAUCAAAAGAAGAUUUUAGUGCACUUAAAAUAUGGAACACUAAAAACGGAUUAACAUCACAGAUAACCAAUGUCUGAGCAAGCCUUCUUAUCCAUUAGUCAUGGAAGCUAUUAGGACCAACCUGGAUGAAAGACAAAGUCAUAGUUAACUCGACAUUAACAGCGCAUUACUGCAAUACCACUAACGUUACUCAGAAGAAUCUUAAGAUUUUGAAUAUCCCUUCCUGCACAUGCUAUUAAAAACAGAUCCAGACUGAGAUAAAUCAGAGAUUGCAAUUAAGUCUAUACCUCUCUUACUGACAGAGGAAUUCCCUCUAGUUUCUGAUCUCAGUCUCCUGCAACAAAGUUUCAGCCCAUAGUUUCUUUUAUGACAAAUAAGCAAGCAGAUGUGGCCAGAGAAGUGAUAGUGUGCAGCUUUUUUGAGAGUUGCAUCAUAAAUUACAGGAUGAUUAUGAGAACACUUAGUUUAUUAUUUAUUUAAUGAACUGUACCUUCUAGUAAUUAAUAAAACUAUCAACACUCCUUAUAAAUGCCAGGUUCUUAUCUUGAAAUAUAUUCUUUGCCUUCUUGAUGCUACAUACCACCCACCUCUGAGACCCACAAGAGACACUACCACAGCAGUCCUGUAUCAGGUAAUAUUUUUGAACAGCCCUCCAUAUGAAUAAGGAUGCAACAUGCAGCACACAGUUUAAUUAGUUUAUUUUUUAAAGUUCGGUCAGAAAUAUAGCUGUGCAUUAAUUACAAAAUAUAUUAAACUAUCAAUCAAUUAAUCCAAGGGAACAGGAGUACUUUCAUUUUGUUCAAAUGCAAACCAAUACAAACCUUUAACAUUGACACAGAAUAGUCUUUUGCAUCCAUCAUCAAUGUAUAUGGUCUGCUGCCAUAUCUCCAAAUAAGAAUAGAAAGGUCACCCUGAUUUCAUUUCAUUAGCGAGUUUAAUCCCUUGAUAGCAAGCAUGACCAGCCAGACACAUCAUGAAACUGCUUAAAAACCAACUCUAUACAUCUCACAUUACCUGAGCUCUCACAUAUACAUCACAUACCAACAUUUUUAGCAAAAUAAUUUUCCCUGCCCUGCAGGGGAAGACAUUCAGAGGCAAAGAGAUAACACAUCCAUAAUAUAUUAAUAUUGGAAAAUUUGUGCCAUAGCAGCUUUGCAAAUACACGUACUAAGAGUCGGUGACUUAAGCCAUGUUAAAGACAACAGAAAUUUGGAAGAUAAAAGAAGGUAAGCCACUUCUUAAACCACCUUGAGAUCUAGUAAUGCUGCAAAGCAUUGAUUAACAGAACGAAACCCCACUGCUGAACAAGUUACACAGGACAAGGGUUAAUUAAAAUAUUUCUUUGAUUCAGAGACAACUCAAUGCUGCAGACUUUUCUCCUUCCAUUUAAAUAGUUCUAGCAAUUAUACCUCAGUCCACCACAGUAGAACAAGUUCUCAAAAGAAGAUUUGAAGAAAGGGGAAAGAGGAAAAUGGAACAAAUACAUGAAUAAAUAUUUCAUUAACAUUUAUAAUCUUUUUUUAUGACAGUAAGAUUUAGUUGAUACUUAGAAAAUUAUCUCUGACAGUCUCUCACAUAAUACUCUGAUAUUACAGUAAUUUGUCAUCACUCAGAGUACUAGUUGGUAAUAUAAAAAUACAAAACCAGUAGAAUAGCAGCAGUGAAUAAAGCGUCCAUAUUACUGUGGCCAAUACAGAAUUAUAUAUGCAGUAGCCUUCUAUUCCCUAUUGGCUUGUGUUAUUGUACAAUUUUAACCUGAAUCAUUUAAACCCUGCCACCACAGGGAGCUUCCUCCUCAGAGGCAGAAGUACAUCAGAUCUAGCAGAUAAAGCUCAAAGCAAAAAUUUCAUUCACAAUGCAAAUGUUCAAAAGCAAAGAAAGUGUUAAUGCAUUUAGUGGGUCUUGGGUAUAAAUGAUUUGAACAGAGAAUAAGGACAUUUUUCUUAUUUCUAGGGUUGAGGAAGGACCUGGGGUGGGAAGAAGCUCUCAAAUGACAAGUGUUUUUUCUGAUUGCCUCCCCCUCCCUCCCCCCAGCCCCUAAAAAACAAGAAGGAAAACAAAGGAGAAUGGCAGUUUUUGAGCAUCUUGAACAAAGACAGAUAGGUAACACAGCCUAAAAAUGGAGAACCUGUGUACAGUGCCUUCUGUGCAAAGUGGCUCUGUGCACUGCCAUGGACAUUGACAGCUCUUGGUUAAGAAUGACUUUACUGGGAAUGCUGCAACUGAAGACACUCCAGAACAAUUCAGCUGAUAGGAUGAGGCUAUUCAUUAUAAAAUCUACUUUGGUUUUAAAGCUGAGAUCUUUCCCUGUUUUGAGUAACAUAUGCUCACCUGUCCCCUAAUGACAGAGAAUCAAAUGCAUUUGAUUCACCAACAACUAACUGCAUUUACCAUUAGCCAGGAAGUUCAUGUUUCAGUAGUGACAAUACUUCAUUGAACACAAUCCCUCUUCCAUCUAAUAGGUUCUACUAGCAGAAGAAAUUUUACUCAUCUAGAUUUGAUGAACAAAGUGGUAGGCUGGGUGUCCUGUAACUUUUACAUCUCAUGCAGGCAGGCAGAGUAUUCUCCCAAACCACUCAAGUAAGAGUAGUCUUUCUUUAGUCUAGUUUAUAUUAAGCAAUGUGCUCUUUCCCCACUGGUAUUGCUUUGACGAUGCCAAAUAGUUGGAACACUUCACUAUCUCUGAAGCUGCAGUGUCUCCAGUCUUUAGGUUGUUUCACUAGCUUGGAUAAAUAAUACACAUAAGCUCAUGCAUCUUUAGUUCUUUCUUCAGUAUCUGGAUAUGUACUUAGGUUAUGGGGCAAAAAAAAUUGUUUUCUUCCCUCCUUUUAAAGACACGAUUCAGAACUUUAUCAGCACCAUGAAAAUUAAAAUUUUAGCACCAGUGAACUUGAACUAUUCAUCUUUGACUGGUCAAAACUAACAUUUACAUGGCAUACAAUCAGUACAGAAAACAGUAAUACACACAGCAUUAGGAACCUCUUUGACACAGAGAAUCUAGUGUUUGAUAAAUUAGUAACUAUGAAAGCCAGAUUUUCUUCUUAAAAGCAAACAAGAUUACAAUUUUUCCUCACAGUGCUGAAUUAAUAGGUUUUCCUUACCAUCCAAAUUGCUGAGUUGGCCCAGCUCCUAUUGUCUAAAGGGACAGGAGAUACCCACAGUAGUUGGAUGCUGAUAUGGGCAGCUGCCCAUGGAGAAUUCACAGGGGAUGACUUGGGUACAUCACCCACAACACCAAGAGAUCACUUGAACAGAUGCAGGUCACAAGUUCAGCUUUGGCACAAAUUUGGGUUUCAACAACAGUAAAACAAAUUCUGCAUCACCCUCUCUGUUUAGUACUGAGUGCUCAUGUGUGCACUCACAACCUGAAACAUGUCCAGCACUAGGAGAUCCCACCAGCACAAAGGGAUUUCAUUCAAAUGCUAAACUUUCAUAUCUCUUGACGAUAAACUUUCAUACCUCUUGAUGACAUUCUGGGCCUAGAGCACACACUUCUAGAAAGAUUUAUCAAAAUAAAGAGAAUUAGGGAGGCACCUUCAGACCACAUUACAAAUAUUUCUUCAGUGAACUCAGCUCAGAGUCAUUUAGCCUUCUCCACAACACUACCUCGCAUCUUUUGGAAAUACCAACAUCAACUCUGCAUCAACAUGCAACUUCCUGAAGGAGGAAAGGGUCAAAGCAUCCCUGAACCCUUGGUAACAUGAACAAAGUCUUAACCCUAACUUCAAACUUCAAGAGACAUAUAGCCAAUGUAAAAUUCUAGAUAAAUCAAUACAGAAAUGCUCUCAACUUUCCCAAGCUCUGUGGAAAAAAAAAAAGAAAAAGAAAGAAAAAAGAAAAAAUC